AUGAUUGUUCCAAUUAGGUGUUUUUCGUGUGGGAAAGUUGUUGGCGAUAAAUGGGAAGCAUAUUUAAAUAUGUUGCAGGAAGAUGAAAUUGAUGAAGGUACUGCUCUAAGUAGAUUAGGACUUAAAAGAUACUGUUGCAGAAGAAUGAUUUUAACCCAUGUUGACUUAAUUGAAAAAUUUCUAAGAUACAAUCCAUUAGAAAAAAGAGAUUAA